AUGUCUAUACUCUGUCUUACUGUACUCAUCUGGGUUACUGUAGUUACAGUAUCCCAUGCGUGUGCACCACACGGUGUAUCUCAGCCGUGGACAAAAACAACGAAUGUCAACAAUCAUCAUCAUCAUCAUACAGUUGAGAAUAUCUAUUUUGACAACCGAACAAUCUACAACAAAAUAGUGGAAAUCGAGAAACGUAUCGAUAGAAUUGAGGAAAUGGAGAAAAUGAUACCGUUGGAACCGGAAAAACCGAAGAAUCCAUUAGUUGUGAAUCCACCAGUGAAGCCACCAGUUGACCCAGGGAAUCCAACAAUUCAUCCAGUGGAACCACCGAAAAAGACUGAUGAGGUUACUGUACCAGAGAAGGAGGAGGAGCCAGAGCCGGAGCCAGAUAAGGAGAAAAGCGAGUAUCUUCGGAUAUGA